UCAAUUUUUCAGAACGCAAGACUUGUAUUCUUGUGUACAACAAGAUUAUUAAUGCUGCUUCUUUUGUUACCAUUGUUGUUUUUACUGUUUUGUAUAGUUCGAGAGUGGUGUACAUCGUGUGCAGAGAGUACCAAAGUCGGAUGCCAUGGGUCGUCGUCACACCAGCACCGUGGCCAUCCUCAUCCUACCAGAACCCACCGAGCUAGAUAUUGUCAUUGAUGCCAAGGAUUUGAAAUAUGAAGUGUUCAGAGCAUCUGGUGCUGGUGGACAGCAUGUCCAGAAGACAGAGAGUGCAGUACGUGUGACUCACAUCCCAAGUGGCAUUGCAUUCCGUUCUGAAACAUCUCGUGUGCAGAGUGUGAACAGAGAAAACUGCCUGAAGCUGCUUCGAGCCAAGCUCUUUGACAUUGAAUCAUCAAAAAAGGAACAAGAUGAACAGGAGCAUCGCAAAUCGAUUGUGGGCAAGAUGGACUUCAGCGAGAAAGUCAGGACCUUCCAUUACUUUGGGAUGCAGGUUGUUGACCAUCGCUUUGAUCUCAAAACCACUGGACUGACAGCGGUGCUGAACAAUGCUGCCGAUACUGCUGCCUUCCUGGAGAAGGUGGCCACGUCUGCAAAGAUCAGUGCUAUCAGGAAAGCGCUGAGGGCAUCGCCGCCGGACCACAUCUCCGAGUUUAAGCCCAAGACACUCCAUGCGGCCGAGUCCCCGUGAGUGUGUUCCGGGCCGGAGUCAGCAAAUACCCUGAAACCUGUGCACUGUGCAUGGUAUAAACGUAUGUGCUGUGCCGGAUUGACCAACAUGCACAUGGGCGCACUCUGCAAGUCUUUUGUUCCUCGCCCGAACAGAAAACCGCUGGCAUAAGCUCUCAGCUGUUUUUUUCCGCCAUGCUAUUCACGUUACAGUGUGGAUGGUAUAGCAGGCCGCAUAUCCGGGCAGCAGUGUUGCUGUUAUAGGUGCCCACCCCUAUCAUAAGACUCACCACUACAGCUCAGUGGUACAGUACACUGCGAGAGGCAUCGGGCAGCUUGCGUCCUAUUGGCACACUGAACCCGACAUGCAAUUGCCAAUGAAUGCGUUCCGCACUGUACUGCAUGUCGGGUUUCACAGAACACUUUGAUCUCUUGGUGCAAAUUUGAUAUCACUUUGAGGCGACUGACCUGCUUGUACAGAGCUGCAACUCACAACACACAGCAGUCCAUACCUCAUAACAGAAACUACACUCUGGCCUCCUGAUGAGAAGCGGGACUUCCCCCCGGCUUGGCCAUACUCUAGCAUUUAGCACAGGUUCAUUAGCUAUCAUGAAUGCAUUCUUUUCAAGCUGGACAUAAUAAUAAUAAUAUCUUACUGUAUUCAGUCGAGGCACCUAUUUAUUCCAGUUCAUAAGUAUUAUAACUAAAAGAUACUCUAUAGUCUAGACGACUAUGGACAAAGCGGUAUUGUCAUCGCACUGUUGAGUAUGCUCAAUACUGUGUGUAUCAAAAGUAUAUACUUCUGGACUUCUAAUUUUCACCACCCGAACAGUCUGUGUACUCUCUCUCUCUCUCUCUCUCUCUCUCUCUCUCUCUCUCUCUCUCUCUCUCUCUCUCUCUCUCUCUCUCUCUCUCUCUCUCUCUCUCUCUCUCUCUCUCUCUCUCUCUCUCUCUCUCCCUCCUCUCUCACACCUACUCUCUCUCUCUCUCUCUCUCUCACUCUCACUCUCACUCUCUUUCUCUCUCUUCUGAUCCUCCUCCUGCUCCCCCGUCCAUGUCUCUUACGUCUGAUGUUAUGCUCUAUUUAAAUACGUCUCUGUAGGCCGUAUCAUGUUGUCCUUGGGUGUCGCUCUUCUUGCUCUGUUUCUAGUCCUUGCUGUGGGAUCCAUUCUACAUGUUGUUGCUCUUGCAGUAGGCAUUGGCUGAGAAACUGGAGUCGCCGCUGUAGCCA